AUGGAAUUUGGGAAAAAUAAAGUGACGGAAUUUGGGAAAAAUAAAGUGACAGAUGAAGAAUUUGAAGAAGGGCACAGAAAUUGGGAGAAGAACGCAAAGAGAAUAGAGAGGAGGGAAGAACAAAGUCAUUUUAAUUGGAGUAGUCAAGGUUCUAAAUUGUCGGACACAACCACAGUUUUAACCCGUUAUAGUAAGAUCUUAUUGGAAAUCUCUAAAUCUCACUACAAUUGCAAUUACACGUAA